AGUCGGUAUCCGAGUCAAGAAGAGGCCAGCUGUCCUCGUCCAGGAUGCAUCUGCAACAGCACCCACGUCACCUGCAUAGGUUCACGAUUCAGGAAUUCCGACGUCUUUCAACAGAUCCACGAGAGAGCUUUCCCUCAUAUGGAUACGUUGACCAUGACUGGGAACACUUUUGGUGACAUUUCAGAUGGACUUUUUACGGAAGGGGAAGUGCACUCGAGUUUAUCAUUACUGAACUUGACGGGUAACGCAAUAACGAAGGUGUCGUCGGACACGUUCAAGGGAGCGCCGGCCGUCCAGUUCCUCUAUCUGGGCAAUAACGAAAUCAGACAUGCUGGCCGUUACGCUUUUGAACCGAUGCAGAGGUUACGAGUCCUCGAUAUGAGCGGGGCUCUUGGGAGAAGGCCGGCCGCCUCGAAGGCCGAUUUGAUCUCAGUGCUCUUCGAGACGGAAAAGCGUGGGUUCGUCGAGUUGGCUGAGUUGAUGCUGGCCAACAAUCAAAUUGAGAAGUUACACAAGGACACUUUUUGCAAGGUAAAGGUCUCUGGUUUCUGCAUAUCUAUUUGA